GCCGCUCAUCAAUGGCGCGGAUACGGACACGGUCGCAGUUACUUCCUUCCUCUUCCAACCCUCCUGAUGACUCACACCAAGCGCCACCGUUUCCAACUCUUCCGUUCGAACUUGGGGUGGAAAUUCUAUGUAGGCUCCCAGUGAAAUUGUUGCUGCAACUCCGCUGCGUUUGCAAGUCUUGGAAAUCGCUAAUCUCCGAUCCCAAAUUCGCCAAAAACCACCUUCGUUGUUCGUUGACGGACUUCACCCGCCACCGUCUCUUCUUAAGCUACAAUACACUCGCAAACAGUACAUUCAAAUUCCUUGUCAAGGAUUACCCGCUCCUCUCCGUUUUCAAGGCUUCCAUGCCCGCCCCCGCCACAGAGCUAGGUUACCCUCUGAGUAACCGUUUUAAUUUCGUCAUAGACUUUUGCCAUGGCAUUAUCAUGGUGUGCUUCAAAAAUAGUAAAUGUAUUCUUCUAUGGAACCCUUCUACUCGGAUAUUCAAAGAGUUGCCGCGUUUGAGAAAUCCACCGCUAGUAGGUACUUUCAUAACAUACGGGUUUGGUUAUGAUAAUCUUGCUGAUAAAUACAAAGUAGUUGCUGUUCUCUGCUAUAAAACAGAUAUUGGGGGUUACAGGAAAAACAAAACUGAUGCUGAGUUUUACAGAACACAAGUCCAGGUUCAUACCUUGGGUACUCAUGCUUGGAGGGAGAUUCAAGACUUCCCUUCAUGUGUUCCUUUUACUGAAAUAGGAAAAUUUGUGACUGGCACUCUUAAUUGGUUGGUUUCUCAUGAGUCCAAUUGGUUUAUUAAUUCUCUUGAUUUGGGGAAGGAGAGUUAUCAAAAGAUUUUGCCUCCUGAUGAUGGAAAUGAGCCUGAGAAUUUUUUGGGGGUGUUGAAGGAUUGCUUGUGUGUCUUGUGUGGAGAUGCCCUGGUUUGGAAUGUUUGGCUUAUGAAGGAGUAUGGAAAUCAGAUGUCUUGGACUAAACUAUUCAGUGUUGCGAUGUUGCCCCAUUACAGGGGACUUCGUGCAAUUCAUAUUUCUGAGGAUGAUCAGGUAUUGGUGGUGAAGAUCUGUUCAGAAUUCUUUCUUUAUGAUUCCAGAGACGGCACUUUGAAAAGUCUCCAAAUGCAUAUUCCGUAUGGUUUUAUUUCACUGUUCUCAGGGGUCUAUGUAGAAAGUUUGAUAUCACCUUGCUUUUGAUAUUGGGAUGUAAAAUGUAUUUUUCAGGUGGGACAGUGGGAACUCAUUUCUUAUGUAUAUUUUUUGUGAUGAGCUACAGUAGUAGAAGAUGUGACAGCAAGGAAGAUGAUACUAGCUGGGGCGACACAAAGUGAAUUAUAUGUUUUUUUUAUAUUUCAUAUCAAAGCUAUUGUGACUUCUCGUAUUAAAUACUAUAUGAGCAGUUGACAAAAUGCUAGUUAUCCUAUUUCUCUUCAAUACUAGUUAAGGAUCCUUGAAUGCCUUUUCUUCCA